AUGGUAAACCAUGACUUUAUUAUUUGGCAGGUACGCGCUAUAUACGUGGAUCAGUUCCCGAUUGAAGUACGGCACUGCCUUGCCUCAUGGAUCGAGACCAGGAUUUGGACGCCCGAACCGGAAGAGCAGCAGCGCUACUUCGUCGAGGAACUGGUGCACGAGAUAAAUACUCAUGCGGAGCUGUUGCUGUCAUCCGAUAUGUUCGUCACGAGGAUGAAGCUGUUAGAGGCUGCUAAAAAUAUACACAUGCAGUACAAGUGAGUACAAGUAACCAUAGUAUGAU